GUUCCACAUUUCUCUAAAAACGUUUUUAUGAUUAUGUAAAUACUUUUAUACUCCGAUCAUUUAUUAAAAGAUGGCGGUAAAGGUGUUUUAAACACAGUUGUCUCCGGUGGCUGGUGUUGUUCGCAUGAGUGAGCGCAGACGUGUUAAUCUGGUUUCCAUAGAGGCGCAUUAGACUGGAUCAGAGCAGAAACCAGUUCCCCCAGUGUCAGUGUGUUGAGCGCAGGCGUCACGUAUGACAGGAGACGCUCCGGUCGAGCUGAAGAUGUUGUCAGUGUCUCUGGAGACGCUCAUCUGAGAUAACGUGUGGCCUUUCAUUUCCUUCUACUAAUAAGAGAAUUGCUUGAUCCACUCUCUCAUCUCUGAUGAUAUCAGCUGGAGAUCAGCGAAGUCUCAGUUAAGCCCAAGCCCAGCAUGUUGUUGAGAAGAUCUUCAGAGAUCAGAAGUUUGCAGAGUCCAGACGAAACGCAUCCGGAGAUCCUGGAGCACAACAGCAGCGCCACACGCAGAUCCACGAUCAUCGAGGAGGAGAGCUGGACCAGAUCCGGUGUUCAAAACAGUUUCAAGAACCACAGCAGAACCUUCCGCAAGCUGUUCCCUGAGGUCCCGGAGGAUCUGGAUCAGGUGUUCACCUGUGCGCUGCAUAAGGAGCUGCUGUACCACGGGAAGAUGUACGUGUCGCGUCAGCACAUCUGCUUCCACUCGUCUGUGCUGCUCAAGGACACCAAGGUGAUGAUCCACAUCUCCAGCGUUCUGACGAUAAAGAAGAAACACACCGCUAAGAUCGUUCCCAAUGCGGUCGCUGUCAUCACUGAUGACGGACACAAGUACGUGUUCGGCUCGCUGAGGAACCGGGAGUCGUGUUUCCGGCUGCUGCAGUCGCUCUGCCCGCAGACGGAGAUCCUCAGCAGAAAGUCCUCCGCUGAACACACUCCUGAGAUGGACUUCGACAGAAUCUCCAGCUAUUCGAGUCUAGAGGAGAAUCCUGAGAAUCAAACGAUUCCUCUGAACGAACUGACUCUCACCGACUCUCAAACAUCAGUCCGAAGCAGCUCGACGACUCCCGACUCAAGCCGAAACACACCAGAGCAACACACCACAGUGCUCUCCUGGGUUUCCAUGGUAACAGAGAAGGUCCGAUCGUCCAAUGACACGCUCCGACUCAACAAGCUCCUGCUCUUCUAUCUGAUCCUAGCGGUCCUUCUCCUGCUGUCGUCGGGUUACAUCGGGCUGAGGAUCGUGGCGCUGGAGGAGCAGCUGAGCAUUCUGGGAUCUCUGCCGGAGUUCACACAGCAGAAAGAGUGAAGAUGGAGACACUGAUGACGGAGAACACACACACUACAGCAGAAGACACACACACACACACACACACACACUGAGAGAUCACUGGGUUGGUCUUAGUAAAGCUUCAGUCAAAUUAAACUGUUUAAUAUUCAGAUUAUUAAUGCAGCUCUUCAGAGUUCUGCUUUUGUCGAUCACAUUAUAUCUAUAUACACUAUUCUGUAUGUUUGUAGUGUUUAUAUUUAAUAUUGUUAACAUUGUUGAUUGUAAUUAUUCUAACAAGAAAUAAAUGUGAAUAUUUAUUUUGAGGCGUGUGAAAGCAAUAAAGGAUCAUUCUACCAAA